CAUCGGAUGCCAUCAAGCCACUUAUCACUGGUGUAUCACCGGAUCCACAAUGAUGUUGCUAAAGUGUUCAAUAUUUGUGGUGUUCAUCACUACCGUCUUCGGUAACACUGUUAAAGUAACUAAUACAGUCCAAAAAGAGGCAACAUCCAAUCUUGGACUUUUUGGUGAAUGGUGGGAAACUUCUGUGUUUUACCAGAUCUAUCCCCGAAGCUUUAAAGACAGUAACAACGAUGGGAGCGGUGAUAUUCAAGGAAUAAUCCAAAAGCUGGAUCACAUUCAAGAUGUGGGUGUGGAUGCUGUAUGGCUCUCGCCAAUUUAUAAGUCCCCACAAGUUGAUAAUGGUUACGAUAUCUCAGAUUAUCGUGAUGUUGAUGAGAUCUUUGGUACUCUGGAUGACUUGAGACAACUAGUUGAUGAGGCUCACAAACGCGACAUCAAAGUGAUCCUGGAUUACGUUCCCAAUCACACCAGUGAUCAACACGCAUGGUUCCAAGCCUCUUUGAAAAACGAAUCUGGAUACGCUGACUACUAUGUCUGGAAGGACGCAGUUAUUGUCAACGGAACCAGAACUCCACCAAACAACUGGAUUAGCGAAUUUAAAGGAUCUGCUUGGGAGUGGAGUGAAGAAAGACAACAGUACUACCUUCACCAAUUUUCUAUCGCUCAACCUGACUUAAACUACCGUAAUCCAGCUGUAGUGAAUGAAAUGAAAGACGUUUUAAGAUACUGGUUGAAUUUUGGUAUUGAUGGCUUCAGAAUGGACGCAGUAUUCACUAUUUUCGAAGACGCCGAGUUUAGGGAUGAACCUCUUUCAGGAGACCCGAACUCUGGUCCUGAAGAUUACGGAUAUUUGGAUCACAUUUACACGGCCAACCAAAACGAAACUAUUGACUUAAUCUACCAAUUCAGAGAGCUCUUGGACGAAUACAACGCCAACCAGUCAUAUCCUCGAGUUAUGAUGACCGAGGUCUACAGCGAUAUCAACACUACCAUGCUCUACUACGGCACUGAAGAUGGAUCUAGAAAGGGAGCUCAUUUCACAUUCAACUUCAUAACCUUUAUCACGGGUCUUCAGAAGGGUUAUAGCACUUUUGACUUACAAGAUUCGAUUAUUAACUGGUUGAGACAUAUCCCGUCUAGUUAUACUUCCAACUGGGUGUUAGGAAACCACGACCAAACCAGGGUUUCAACCAGGUUAGGACCUGAAAAUAUCGAUGCUUUAAACAUACUAGUCUCUAUAUUACCUGGAGUUCAAGUAACUUACAACGGUGAAGAAAUUGGUCAGGAGAAUGGAGAAGUAACUUGCGAGCAAGGCUACGAUCCACAAGCUAUCAAAAACUGCAGUACCUUUAACCAAACGAGCAGGGACUUCCAACGAACACCUUUCCAGUGGGAUUCGUCAAUAAAUGCAGGAUUUAAUGAGGGUGCUGAAACUUGGUUACCAGUGAGUCAGAAAUACUUACAAACCAAUCUAGCUGACGAAAACGUUACUACAGUAAACAGUCACUACAAUAUCUACAAGCAAACGAUAGAUUUAAGACAGAGCUUCAGAAAUCAAACUGGAUAUUUCGUAUCUUUUACCUCCAUAGGAAACUUAUUUGUGGCUCAAAGAUUUUUGUUCGACACUGAUAAUUACUAUGCUUUAUACUACAAUGUUGGAGAUGAAGUUAUGGAUCCUGUGCCUUUAUCGAUAAAUGCUACUGCGACAGUAAUUAUAAGGAGCAAUAACAGCGCUUAUAGCAUCGGUGAUGUUUUUGACUACAAUGGAUCACUUCAAGCCAGAGAAGCAGUACUGUUGAAAUUGGACUUAUGAAUGCAAUGAAGAUGAAUUUAAGAUGUAUCUGUUAUUUAAAUUGUAAAUAAAGAGUUUUACAGCCUUUC